AUGAAUAGUAAUCUUAUCAACCUGUCUGCAGAGCUUUUAUAGGCACAGGACAUUUAGAAAUAUUUGAUUAAAGAUGUAAUAUUAGUUAUCAAACCAAAUAGUUCAAUAGAACCACUCUGAAGUUAAGAUAUUUCGAAUAAGGAUAUAAUGACGGAAGACCAAUCUCUUUAAAUAAAGCUUACUUAGAGAGACAAGACGAUGAUGUUUACAAUGAGGAACGAAUGAGGAAGGCCAAGCCAAUGUAUAGAUUGAUGUUUGGGACAGAGUUUCAUAUCAAAGAAUUGUCAAACAGAUUGAAAGUAUUGUUGAAGGACUUAGGAGUGCAUGUGGCAGCUUAAGAUACGAGAGGAAUGAGUGGACAAAUAAACUUGGCAUUUGUGGAUCUCUUAGAGGGAAUUUACAUAAUUUAUAAACAGACUGUAAUGCAAGGAGAGGAAGGUUAGUAAGUAUUUAUGAAAAACGUAAUCAACGUAUUAGCUACAUAUAGAGGAUAUGAUUUUAUCAUUAUAGAGCCGAAUCAUAAUGAAGUUUAACUUUAAAUUCUCUAUUCAACAAUGUAUGAAGUGGAUAGUCAAAUAGACAGAAUUAUGGCUUAAACACUACAUCAAGAAGAUGAUUAAUCAAAACAAAUAAUAGAAUAUGGAACAUUUAAUGAAUUUUUAAAAAAUUAUAAAGAUGUUGUGAAUAUGGAACCAAUACAUGUGGAUUGCAAUUGGGAAAUCUAAUUUUAAGAGGAAUAGUAGUAAGAAAAAUAACAAAUUGAAGUAAUUUAAGAUAGAGACCAUAUCAAUUAUUUGUCAGAAUUUGAUAAACAAUUCCAUAAUGUUUUGGUGAAAGCAUCACCAGAAUAUUGGUAAUUGUUGGUAUUUGAUUUACUAAAAGAUUUAUGUGAUAAAACAUUGUCAAAUUAAAUAUUGGAAUGUAAAUUUUACGAUAUAUUAAAAAACGUAAAGGCGGCUUAAUAUUUAUUGAUUUAUAGAAAAGAAAUAGUAAAAUAUUUGAGUGAUAAGAAAUUCUGGGAAGUUUAGAAUCAACAAUAGAAACCAAAUUUGUAAAAUAAUGGUGCAGCUACUUCCAAUCACUAAUUGCUUGCUAAAAUUGGGAUAGAUGUCCAAUAAGAAGGAAUGUUGGGAUUAAGAAAAUAAGAAUAUACAAAUCAAUAAAAAGUGUAGACUACAUUUUAAGAAGGUUUAUUAGAAUUUGAUCCUGAAUAAUACGCAAGAAUGGAACAAUAAACCUUGGUUAGAUAUUUCCCAACUUCUACAAGGACAGAUAAAUUAGAAUAUUUAUACAUAAGAAUUGAUCCAUUACCAAAGAAACCAAUUAAGGAGGAUAAGUUGAUUCCUAUUCAUGAUCUUCCAGAAUGGGCAAGGAAAGCAUUUGAUGGAACAACUAGUUUAAAUGUUAUUCAAUCAUAAAUAUAUCCAAAAGCAUUUUUGACUGAAGAGAAUCUAUUGGUAUGCGCACCUACAGGAGCUGGUAAAACCAACAUAGCAUUAUUGGCAAUCCUCCAUGAAUUAUCUAAGAGAGUAGAUGAGAAAGAUAAAAGAUUGAAGGAUUAAGAUUUUAAGAUUGUUUAUAUAUCUCCAAUGAAAGCAUUAGCUAGUGAAAUUGUUGAAAAAUUCUAAACAAAACUUAGAUAUUUGGGAGUAAAAGUUAAAGAAUUUACAGGAGAUAUGUAAUUAUCAAAGAAAGAAUUGUAAGAAACUCAUAUUAUAUUGACAACACCUGAAAAAUGGGAUGUUAUUACUAGGAAAACAAAUCAAAUUAGUGAACAAUUAAAAUUAUUGAUUAUAGAUGAAGUUCAUUUACUUAAUGAUGAAAGAGGUCCAAUAUUAGAAUGUGUUGUUGCUCGUACACUCUAACAAGUUUAAAGAGCUUAAAGACACAUCAGAUUAGUGGGUUUAUCUGCAACACUACCAAAUUAUUGGGAUGUUGCCAUAUUUUUGGAAUGUCAUAAAGAUAGUGUGUUCUUUUUUGAUCAUACUUUCAGACCAGUACCAUUAUGUCAGAAAUUCAUAGGAUGUAAAGAACCUGUAUAAGCACCAGCUAAGGGAUAAAGAAGAAGAACUAAAAGAGAUAUCUAGAAUGAAUAAGCUUAUGAAUUAAUGAGUGAAGUAGUGAAGCAUAACAAACAAGUACUCAUUUUUGUUCAUUCUCGUAAAGAGACAGUUGUGUAUGCUAAAUGGAUAUUAGAGAGAGCAUCUCGUUUAGGCGAUAGACAUAUUAUUGGAACAACUAAAAUUAAUUGUACUAAGUUAAAUGAUACUGAAUUGAAAAAAUUGUUGCCUUAUGGAUUAGCAUUCCAUCAUGCUGGUAUGUUAAGAGCAGAUCGUAAUUCAGUUGAAAGGUUGUUUUUAAGUGGUGAUGCAAGAGUAUUGAUAGCUACAGCCACUUUAGCUUGGGGUGUUAACUUGCCUGCUUUUGCUGUUAUUAUUAAAGGAACAGAUAUAUUUGAUGUUACUCGAGCAGACAUGUAGAAUUUAUGUGUUUUGGAUGUGUAAUAAAUGUUUGGUAGAGCUGGUAGACCUUAAUUCGAUGAUAAAGGAGAAGCAACUUUAAUCACUGAUUUCAAUAAUGUAGGUCAUUACAUGGGUAUGCUCAACAAUGCCAGUUAUAUUGAAAGCAAAUUGUUAACAUUCUUGAGAGAAGCCUUAAAUGCAGAAAUAGUUUUGGGAAAUAUAACCAAUUAUACUGAAGCAUAUAAUUGGAUGUGUCAUACAUUCUUAAGCAUUAGGUUAAGAAGAAAUCCCUUGCAUUAUGGUGUUUAAAGAGCAUAUGAUGAUUUAGAAUUGGAUUGUGAUACUUUGGUGUAAGAAAAGAUUGAGUCUGCAUUAAAAUAAUUGGAUGCUUUGAAAUUAGUGAGGUAUGACACAAGGAAUCAUUUAGUUACAUCAACAGACUUAGGUAGAAUUGCAUCUCAUUAUUACAUUAAAUGUGAAACCAUGAAGGUUUUAUGUGACGAAAUGGGUCUGUCAUUCGAUUAAUAAGAGAAAUAAAAGUUCAAUGAUAAAAAUUAAUAUCAAUUGCUUAAGAUUAUAGCUAAGGCCAAGGAAUUUGAGAUGAUUAGAGUCAGACCUGAGGAAACUAAAGAAUUAUAGAAGAUUUAUGAUGAUGCUUGGGUAUUUGAUGAGGAACCUGAUGUCAGAAGUGAUUCAUAUGAUCAUCCUGAAGGUGUUAUAGAAACUUAGGAGAAAGUUAUUGCACUUAUUAGUGGAUAUCUUGCAAAAAUGAAUUUUGAAAAUUAUGCCUUGAUCAUGGAUACCAAUAUUAUUAUUUAAAACACUAUUAGAUUAUUGAGAUGCAUGUUGGACAUGGCAAUCAAGAAAAACUAAGCAUGUAUGGCCCUGGAAUUAUUGAAAUUGUGCAAGAUGAUUGAAAAUAGAAUGUGUCCCAGAUAAAAUCCACUCUUUUAAUUUAGUAAGGAAAGCUUUUAAGGGUGCAAUACUAGAAAAAUAAUGAAAUCUAAAGAUGCCUUCAUGCCUAGAGCCUGGAUAGGUGCCAUGGCUGAAUGCAGUUUGCCUGCUUAUUAGAUGAAGAGUGAAGAUGACAUAGUCUUGGCUUAAUAGUUAUCAAUUCCUACUAAUUUGGUUUCUCAAUUCAAGGCUUAUGUGAAUUAUUUACCUGAUUUGAAUAUUGAAUACAAAGUUAAACCCAUUUCAUAGACUAUUUUAUAAUUGGUAGUUUAAAUAACACCUUAAUUUGUUUUCAAUAGUAAAUGGCACUUAAAAAAUGAGCCUUUCUGGAUAUUUGUAUAUGACUCUGAAGAAUUACUGCAUUCAGAAGAGUUCUUGAUGGAAAUGGAUACCAUCAUUAGAGGCAAUAAAAUGUAAAUUUCAUUUUAUGUUCCAUUUAAUUCAAAAUGCAAGUCUUACUAUCUGACAAUUCAAAGUGAUCGAUGGGUAAUGCUAGAUGAGGAUUACACUACAGUUUAAAUAGAUCUAUCAAAUGCUUUCAUGCAAGAUGAUUAGAUCGAUUUUACUGAGUUAUUAGACUUACAACCUUUACCUAUUAGUGCAUUAAACAAUACUGAAUUCGAACAACUAUAUUAGUAGUAUAAAUACUUUAACCCUAUCUAAACCCAAGUGUUCUUUGGACUAUAUAACACAGAUGAUAACAUAUUAAUUGGAGCACCUACAGGUUCAGGUAAAACUAUCAUGGCAGAAUUCGCAAUGUUAAGAGUGUUUAAAUAAUCCCCAUAAUUCAAAGUAGUUUACAUAGCACCAUUGAAGGCAAUUGCAAAAGAGAGAUUAAAAGAUUGGACAAAGAGAUUGAAGGAUAUCAAUAAAAAUGUGCUUGAAUUAACAGGAGAUUUUACUCCAGAUUUACAAGCAUUGUUGAAGGCUCAUGUUCUAAUAACAACUCCAGAAAAAUGGGAUGGUAUCAGUAGAAGUUGGAGUAAUAGAGAAUAUGUGAGAUAGACAUGUCUAUUAAUUUUUGAUGAAAUCCAUCUACUUGGAUAAGAUAGAGGAUAAGUCUUAGAAGUUAUAGUAAGUAGAAUGAAUUCAUUAAGCUAUGAUACUAAUAAAAAAACAAGAAUGAUUGGGUUAUCAACAGCAAUGGCCAAUGGACUAGAUGUCAGUAAUUGGUUUGGAGUAAAGAAGGGCAGAUUUUAUAAUUUUAAACCCUCCUGCAGACCUGUCCCCGUCACCAUUCACUUUAAUGGAUUUCCAGAAAGAGCCUAUUGUCCAAGAAUGGCCACUAUGAAUAAGCCAGCUUAUCAAGAUAUUAAAAGAUAUAGUGAUGGAAAGCCAACAAUCAUCUUUGUGUCCUCUCGUAGACAAACUCGACUAACUGCCUUGGAUAUUAUAGCUUUGGCCAUGCAAGAAGGAAAUGAAAAGCAGUAUAUCUAAACUACUGAGUAGGAAUUAGCCUAAUUGUGUACCAAGAUUGAUGACACAUAAUUAAAAUCAGUCUUGUAAUAUGGAAUUGGAAUUCAUCAUUCUGGACUUGAUAAAAAUGAUAGAAAUAUAGUUGAAAAUCUAUUUGUUUAAGGCAAAAUUCAAUUAUUAAUAGCUACAUCUACUUUGGCUUGGGGAGUGAACUUCCCUGCUAGACUGGUUAUAGUAAAAGGUACUGAAUUUUUUGAUCCUAAACUUAAGAAAUAUGUAGAUUUUCCAGUUACUGAUCUAUUAUAAAUGAUAGGAAGAGCUGGUAGACCUCAAUAUGAUACUGUUGCUACUGCUUGUGUCUAUGUGGAAUAAAGUAAAAAGAAUUUCUAUCGUAAAUAUCUAAACUCUCCUUUCCCAAUCGAAUCAAGUUUACUCUAAGGCAUUUCAGAUCAUAUUAAUGCUGAAAUCUCCUCUGGAGUGGUUAAGAAUAAUUAAACUUUUAUUGAUUGGAUCACUUGGACAUACUUCUUCAGAAGAUUAGUCAAAAACCCAACUUUCUACAAUUGUCCAAGCACCAGUAGUAAAGAUAUACAAAAUUAUAUGAAUAACUUAGUAGCUAAUACCAUUAGUGAUUUAGUAACAUCAAAAUGUAUUACUUAAGAAGAUGGGUAAUAUGAAUCAACAUUUUUGGGCAAGUUAGCUGCUUUUUAUUAUCUCAAACACACAACUUUAAAACAUUUUGAUGAAAGAAUUUAGAAAGAGAGUCGAUUUGAAGAUCUAUUAUACACUUUGGCAUACUCUAGUGAAUUCAAUGAAGUACCCGUUAGACACAACGAAGAACAUUUAAAUGAAGCCUUAUCAAAAUUAUGCAAAUUGAAGUGUGAUAAAAACAAAAUGGACAAUCCUAAUGAAAAGGCUUACUUAUUGAUUUAAGCUCACAUUUUCAGAUUGAAAUGCCCUAUUAAAGAUUUUGAGACAGAUCAAAAACUUAUUUUAGACUCGUGUAUCAGAAUCAUAAGUUGUAUGAUUGAAAUAUCUGCCAAUAAGGGAUACCUUUAAACUACUCUUAAUAUUAUCUAUAUGUUGUAAACGAUUGUUUAGGGUUUUGUCAAAAAUGAAGAAUAAGUAUUAAUGAAUUUGCCUUAUUUGCACAAACUCAAACCAGAGGAAUGUAUCAAUAGAGUCAGGACUAUCAAGGAAUUACUGUAAUUUUUUAAUGUAAUUAUUUCAUUCAAUAUUUUUAGCUUAGAGAAUUUGAUAUUUUCCUAUAGAAUAAUGUUCAUCAAAAAGAGAGUAUUGCAGAAAUAAUGAAAGCCAUAAAUGCAUUACCUGAUGUCUAAUUAGUUUACACUAAAACUGAAAACUAAUUGAAAGUAAACCUCAAAAACGAAAGCAAACCUGAUAAUAAAGUUUAUAUUCAGAAGCUUAGUAAACAAAGAGAAGCUUCCUGGUGGUUGAUCCUUGGAGAUGAGGAUAGAAUUGUAUCCCUGAAGAAAGUGUAUUUGAGAAGCACUGCCAGCAAAGAUAUUGAUGUAGAAGAUUGGAAUAGAAAUUACAAAUUGUAUUUGAUGUCAGAUUCAUAUUUGGGAUUGGAUUAGAUCAUUGAUAUUAAAUGAAAGG